AUGUCGGUCGACACGGGCUACCUGACCACCCAGGUCAACAACAUCAUCAACCAGCUGCACGGUAUAUUCGACGAUAUUGGAGUACCCAAUCAUGACCGGGAAGCCCGCGAAACCGAACUCUUCGCAGCUUUAUCAGAUACAUUGAACAAUCAUCUACGUAUUGUCAACACUGAGAAAGAUGAGAUGAUUACAGAAGCCCAGCGCCUUGUUAAAACAAUAAAACAAAUGGAAGCAUCCCUUGAUGACGAGAAAGCAAAUGGACAAUAUGAACUUGAUGAUAGCGAUCUUCAAGUCACUUUUCCGCUAAAUCGCUGUAUCGUUUUGCUAAAGGAAAAGUACACUGCCAUAAGCAGACUGCAUCGCGAACGUUAUGAGCAAGUAAAAAAAUUGGUCGAAGCUCUCGAGUCCUACUCGUCACAUUUGGAGGCAUCCUUUGUGAAAAUUGCCCUGCCACCAACAGCCCCCAACGCAUCAAUUCCUCCCAACUUUGAUCUGUCUCCCUCUUAUGUUACGGCAUUAGAUAAUGAGUUCACCCGCGUCUACGAAGAAUACAACAAACGAGUCCACCUAGUGAAAGUGACUUCCGAAGAUAUCAUCAAAUUAUGGGCCGAGCUUGGAACUCCACAGGCGCAGACAGAUUCCACCAUUGUCAAGUACUACCGCGAGGCUCCUGAGCAGCUUGGUUUGCACGACACCGAUCUCGCUAACCUUAAAGGGAAGCGCGAAAAGCUCUUAGAUGAGAAAAGGCACCGCGAAAGGAAGUUGAAAGAUUUAAAAGCAUCGGUAGAAAACUUGUGGGAACGACUUGGAGUUGACGAGCGUGAUCAAAAAGCAUUCCUUGCCGCUAAUCGUGGCUGUGGUCUCCGCACAAUCAAUGAAUUUGAAGAGGAACUUGCCAGGCUAGAUGAACUCAAGCGACAGAAUCUGCAUUUAUUUGUUGAAGAUGCACGAUGUCGCUUACAGGAGCUGUGGGAUGGCUUAUACUACUCCGAAGAAGAGAUGUUAGACUUUACACCUGCCUUUUCUGAUGUCUACAGCGACGCCUUGUUAGAAGCGCACGAAGCCGAGAUUGCCCGGCUCGAGGCCAUCAGAGAACAGCGCGCUCCCACGCUCGAUCUCGUCACCAAACACAAAACCUUGAUCUCAGAGCGAGACACUCUUGCAGCCUCGAGCCAAGAUGCAUCACGCCUCAUGGCUCGUGGAAACAAGGGAGAGAAACGCGACCCCGGAAAGCUUCUCCGAGAAGAGAAAAUGCGCAAGCGGAUUGCAAAAGAGCUGCCGAAGGUUGAAGCUGAUUUACGAAGGAUGCUAGGGAAAUGGGAGGACGAAUACGGCAGACCUUUCCUGAUCCAUGGAGAAAGGUAUCUCGACGAGCUUACGCCCGUGCCUUCUAAAAUCCCACCACGAUCCAAGACACCAUCUGGACCCCCGCAAAGUGCUAGUAAGUUUAAGCAAGCAUCUAUCAACGGUGCCGGAUCGGUUAGAGGUGGUCCGCCACUUUCUGCAACCAAGACACCAACUGGCACUAUGCGACGCAAUCCACCACAAGCACCCUCCUUUCCUACUCAACCACAGGUCAAAUCCCCUUCGAAGAUCCCUGCUCGUGUUCCGCUAAGUAACAUGCCCCACGGAAACAACUCUCCUGAACGUCGUCCUCCGCCAACCUCCUAUUCUUCCAACACAAUGCGAGGAAAGGUACCACCGCGUGCUCCACCACCAAAAAUGCGCGACCUCUUCAUUGAUCCAAAUGAAGAAACCACCGCUCCAAGUUACAUUAUGGAGCCUUCACGAAGUGAAAGCGUAAUGUCUACUCGAAGUGUCCGUCCCGUUUCUCUUGAAGAUGUCUAUGAUGACAGGCAGCAACGAUCAUUCAUGAAUCAUUCCUCCCUGUCACGAAGCAGAGCUGAAAUGAGCUCUCAGAGCUCUUCUCAGUCUCUCCAGUCAUUAGCAUCUAGGGAGAUGGCGUACCCUCCAGAGAAUCCAUACUUGAGCCGUCAGCCACCGCCGCCGCCUACUGCUGCUGCUCCUCAAGCAUUGAGACAAAUCUCGAAUUCGACUGUUCAGACGGCUACAUCAGGAUCUGAAAACUGGGAAACCUAUGAUGAUGUCUCAGAGCCGGAAGCUGAUGCCAGUGAUGUCUAUUAUGCUAAACUUCGUGCAGCUCAUGGGAAACGCCUAGCUCCGGACGAUCAACGCGAGGAGUCCCUCAUCGGUAAAAAGAUGAAAGGAAUCCGUACAGUGGGGUCUGACGAGCAAUUUCUUGAACAUAACGGCCAGUUACUUAGAAUUGAAGGGAGUGACGGGGGCUGGACUGAUGAUUUAGAUCCGUACUGA